AUGUCGACACAAGUAGAGGGGCAGCGAAAACCGGUUCGGAUAUGGGUCGACGGAUGUUUCGAUAUGAUGCACUAUGGGCAUGCGAACGCCCUUCGCCAGGCGAAGCAAUUCGGUGACUACCUAGUGGUAGGCGUGCACUCCGACGCGGAAAUCGAGAAGAACAAGGGGCCAACAGUAAUGAAGGAAAAAGAGCGCUACGCAGCCGUAGCCGCCUGCAAAUGGGUCGACGAAGUAGUCGAAGAUGCUCCCUACCUCACCCAAGUCGAGCUGCUCGACCAGUACGAUUGCGAUUUUUGCGUGCACGGCGACGACAUCACCACCCUGGCCGACGGAACCGAUUGUUACCAAAAGGUGAAGGACGCGGGACGGUAUAAGGAGUGCAAGCGGACGCAGGGUGUGUCGACUACGGAGCUGGUGGGCAGGAUGCUGUUGAUGUCGACGGAGCAUCUGCGCAGGAGGCCGAGUGGCCCAUCAACAUCCCACCCCACCACGAACGUAUCCCACUUCCUCCCGACCAGCAAACGCAUCACCCAAUUCGCCAACCAGCGUGAACCCAAACCCUCCGACAAGGUCGUCUAUGUGGACGGCGGGUUCGAUCUCUUCCACGUUGGCCACAUCGAGUUCCUCAAGAAGGCGAAGGAGCAGGGCGAUUACUUGCUUGUGGGCGUGCACGAGGAUCAGGCGGUUCAUGCCGUUAAGGGGUCGAAUUACCCUAUCAUGAAUCUCCACGAACGAGUUCUGAGUGUUCUGUCCUGCCGUUACGUUGAUGAGGUUAUCAUUGGAGCACCAUACAGCGUCUCGAAAGACGUCCUGGAGAAGGUGUACAACGUGUCCAUUGUCGUGCACGGAUCCACGUCCAUUGACAAGGACAUCGACGGUUCAGACCCAUAUCGGUUACCGAAAGACCUGAAGAUCUACAAGCAAAUAGAAUCGCCGCUCGGAAGUCUCACUACCGACACUAUCGUCUCCCGUAUCCUCGCUCACCGAAGACUGUACGAGGAACGCAACCGCCGAAAAGCCGAAAAGGCCCUCAUAGAAGCCGCCAUGGAAGAAGAGGAAAAGCGCAAAGCGGCGCAAAAGUAG